GAAAGAACUAUCCAAACUUCAUCCGUUACCCUAACUUGCCUUGCAUUCAACCAGACACAAAUAGACCCAUCUAUUUACCGCUUGAAGUCUGCCACAUCGUGGAGGGACAACCUUACAGGAAAAAAUUGAGCGGCUCGAUGACCACGGAAGUGAUACGGCGCACCGCACAACCACCCGAGCAACGCUUUCAGGCUAUCACACAGUCAGUUCAUGACUUGGUGCAAAGGAGCGCGCCAUGCCUGAACGAGUUUGGUAUCAAAGUGAGCACCGACCCGACGCGCCUCAACGGCCGUGUUCUGGAUGCGCCAUCUCUGAUGUUUGGUGACGCGCAGCCGCCAGUGCGACCGAGAUAUGGUUCCUGGGACAUGAGAAACAGUAAACUCUUUGAUGCGAAACCCAUUGAAAACUGGGCCCUUCUCGGUGUGAAUUGCCGGCCCCAUCCACGAAACGUUGAGAAUCUCGAAGGCGUGCUUAAGAGAAUUGGCGGUAAUAUGGGUAUGAGAGUAAGUCGGCCGUUAUGCGUGGACAGCUGUGACAGCAGGGACAUCUCCCAAGUUCUUGAGCGAUUGAAGUCCAGAGGCAUUGUGCUGGUCGUCGUCAUACUCGGACAGCAGGCGUCCUACGCGGCCGUCAAAGAGGCGGCUAAAGUCAAGCUGGGCAUCCUCACCCAGUGUAUGAAAGAAUUCAAUUUCACGACGAAGUGCACGGAUUCAUUGAUAGCCAAUCUGUGUUUGAAGAUCAAUGCUAAACUUGGUGGCACGAAUAACAGUUUCGUGGAGAGAGAGAGGCCAAGUGUCCUCUGCGAGCCCGUAAUCAUCAUCGGCGCCGAUGUGAGUCAUCCAGCACCAGGUGAUAAGGUUAAACCAUCCAUCGCUGCGUGUGUCGCGAGCAUGGACUCCAUCCCGUCUCGCUACCGGGCUUCUAUUCGUGUCCAGAUCCAGCAGCAACAAGCAGUCGCCCGAGUGGAAAUCAUCGAAGACUUGGAGAUGAUGGUUCAAGAGCUGCUCAUGGCUUUUUAUCGGGAGACCAGACAUAAGCCAGGCAAGAUCAUCUUCUACCGAGACGGAGUCAGCGAGGGCCAGUUUGGAUUCGUGCGGGACCAAGAACUGUCGGCCAUCAGGGAGGCCUGCCUCAUGCUCAGCCGCGAUGGCUCGUACAAGCCUGCAGUUACGUUUAUCGGUCAGAAACGUCACCACACUCGGUUUAUGCCAGUCAACCCAAAAGAUGGCGUGGGUAGGCCGCUAAACAUUCCUCCCGGCACGACCGUGGACACGGUGGUGACCCACCCGGUCGACUUCGACUUCUUCCUCUGCAGUCAUGCCGGGAUACAGGGAACGAGCAGGCCCGCGCAUUACUACGUCGUCUACGACGACACAAGUUUUACUUCCGACGAGCUGCAGAAGCUCAGCUACUACCUCUGCCACACAUACGCUCGCUGCACCAAAAGUGUGAGCAUUCCAGCGCCGGUGUACUACGCCCACCUAGCUGCCUUCCGCGCCAAGGAGCACAUUGCUAGCGCUUGCAAUGUCUCGAGUGGCAGCAGCUUUAGUUCAGAAGGAGGAGACAGUGCCACCACCGAUGAUUACGUGCGUGCGGUCAGCGUGUGCCAGGAUCUGCAAAAUACCAUGUACUUCGUCUGAAGGUGCCGCCAUUGGGAAGCAACUGGACUCAUUAGGCUUGGACAUGGCGUUGCUUAAAGGUGCACUAAAAGCAUAUAUUAAGUCAACGUUUAUAGCUUAAAUAGCGGCACAGAAACCUCGUAGUGUUACUUUUGUGCCAAGGAAGGGCCUAUUUUGAAAUAAAAUUACGUUUUAGUGGUCCA